GAAUAAACAAGUCAACUUAAGUAAAUUAAUGGUCUCUGUAUCGAAUCUUAAAAUUUAGAUUUACCAAAAUGUUUUUGUAAACCAACGAAAUUCAAUCUUUCUCUCUGUGCCUUUUUUCCUCUUUUCUCGUUCCCCUCUACUUCAUUUAGGGUUUAUCAUCCUCUACCAAUCCGCCGAUUCUAUACAUACACUUUUCAUAUAUAUACAUACAUCGUCUCCACUCUCGUUGGCUCAUUUUUCAUUCACCGCCACGAAGCAAGAGGAGAUUCGUAUUAGCCACCAUGUCUUUGAGACCUAACGCUAAGACUGAGGUUCGCCGGAACCGCUACAAAGUGGCGGUGGAUGCUGAGGAAGGAAGACGGAGGAGAGAGGACAACAUGGUCGAGAUCCGUAAGAGUAAGCGUGAAGAAAGCUUACAGAAGAAGCGUCGUGAAGGCCUUCAAGCUAAUCAGCUACCUCAAUUCGCUCCUUCUCCUGUUCCUGCUUCAUCAACUGUUGAGAAGAAGUUGGAGAGUUUGCCUGCUAUGGUUGGUGGUGUUUGGUCAGAUGAUAGAAGUUUACAGCUUGAAGCGACUACUCAGUUCCGGAAAUUGCUUUCUAUUGAGCGUAGUCCUCCGAUUGAAGAAGUGAUUGAUGCUGGUGUUGUGCCUCGGUUUGUGGAAUUUCUCACUAGAGAGGAUUAUCCACAGCUUCAGUUUGAGGCUGCUUGGGCAUUGACAAACAUUGCUUCUGGGACUUCAGAGAAUACAAAGGUGGUCAUUGAACAUGGUGCUGUUCCGAUUUUUGUUCAACUAUUGGCUUCUCAGAGUGAUGAUGUCCGUGAGCAGGCUGUGUGGGCAUUAGGGAAUGUUGCUGGUGAUUCUCCACGGUGCAGAGAUCUUGUCCUUGGUCAAGGAGCUUUGAUACCAUUACUCUCUCAGUUGAAUGAGCAUGCUAAACUCUCGAUGCUGAGAAAUGCUACUUGGACCCUCUCUAAUUUCUGCAGGGGCAAGCCACAGCCUCCCUUUGACCAGGUCCGUCCAGCACUCCCAGCCCUUGAACGCCUGAUUCAUUCGACUGAUGAGGAAGUGUUAACGGAUGCAUGUUGGGCUCUCUCUUACCUUUCCGAUGGCACAAAUGACAAAAUCCAAUCUGUCAUUGAGGCAGGUGUUGUUCCUCGACUCGUCGAGCUUCUCCAGCAUCAAUCACCAUCUGUGCUUAUUCCUGCCCUUCGUAGUAUUGGUAACAUUGUCACUGGAGAUGAUCUGCAGACACAGUGUGUAAUUAGUCAUGGUGCACUUCUUAGCCUUUUGAGCCUUCUGACUCACAAUCAUAAGAAGAGCAUCAAAAAGGAAGCUUGCUGGACAAUCUCAAAUAUCACUGCUGGAAACAGGGACCAGAUUCAGGCUGUGUGUGAAGCUGGUUUGAUUUGCCCUCUUGUCAAUCUGCUUCAAAAUGCGGAGUUUGAUAUAAAGAAAGAAGCUGCGUGGGCAAUAUCAAAUGCCACUUCAGGUGGUUCUCCUGACCAAAUCAAGUACAUGGUGGAACAGGGAGUCGUGAAACCACUGUGUGAUCUUUUGGUGUGCCCUGAUCCAAGGAUUAUCACUGUGUGUCUGGAAGGAUUGGAGAACAUUUUGAAAGUUGGGGAAGCUGAAAAGGUCACAGGAAAUACCGGGGAUGUAAACUUUUAUGCACAGCUGAUCGAUGAUGCUGAGGGAUUAGAAAAGAUUGAGAAUCUGCAGAGUCAUGACAACAGCGAAAUCUAUGAGAAGGCAGUGAAGAUUCUUGAAACGUACUGGUUGGAAGAGGAAGAUGAAACUUUACCACCUGGUGAUCCCUCUGCACAAGGCUUCCAGUUUGGAGGAGGUAAUGAUGCAGCCGUACCACCAGGUGGAUUCAACUUCCAGUGAAGGUAAAAAAACCUCACUACUUGGGACUAAUUUAUCUAAGCAUCUAAGGCUAGACUAGCAAACAGAGUAAAUCUGCCUGUGUGUCUACCUUGUGUGAAUCUGUGAGUCUGGUUUUGCUUCCACAGGAGCUGAACAUGACGAUUUGAAGAGUCGAAGGAGCUUAAAGAGUUUGGGGGCACUGGUUAAAAAGGGUAUGAUUAGAGAGUCUGGUCUUCUGUGUAAAAGUCAGAUGGGGUGCCUUACUUAGUCUGGCCUGGUCCGGUCAGAUCCAGUGGUUGGUGGGUUUGAGUCAUGGAAUAAGCUUGUUGGGGGGGAGUUGGGUAGGAGUCAUCAAGGGAUAUUUAUUUUUGGGAAAGGGUUUAUAAGUUUUUAAAGUGUGAUCUGAUGAGAAUGUGUCUCUCUGGGUUUUUGUUACAUUUGUACUACACAACACUGCAAAGUCAAACAUAAAAAAGUUGGUCAAACUUUAUUUGGUCUUAUUGGUGACAUAAAAGCCCAAUUGGUUCGUCUCUUUAUUGUUUAUAGUAAAUGUUUUUUUUUAUAAUCUAUUUUAGUGCGGUCCAAGUCAUUUUGGGCUAUUGUCUACAUAUGCACGCGUAUCUAGUUUCAACAUAUUUCCAUUAAUCGAUGUUAUUAAUGGUUAUCGUCAACUUCAAGUAGGGAGGGUUUCAAUAAUAAAAAAAUCCUAUGUUUUGUUCAA